GCCAUAUGCUCCCGAUGAGAUACCAAGUGAAUUGCAUUUCAUACAAACCGCAUAACUACAGCGCCUUUCUUCAAAUCUCCUGUCAAAAAUGUCGUCGAUGAGCAGCACCGUUUCGACUGUGUCCAUCGCCAUUGGUGUUAUAGAGCUCCUUUCGGCCACCGUGUCCAUCAUUGUCGGUGUGGUCGCCGUUACGAGCUACUCCGGGCAUGCCUCGGUGUCAACAGGCUUUUGGGCUCUAGUCUUUCUCGUUCCUGGUGUGUUAUCAAUUGUUGCAGGAAAGACGAAAAAUGUAUUGGCACUGACUGUUGCUCUUUUCUUCAACAUCGUGACGACAGUAGUUUCUACCGUGGCAGCUCUGGUGUGCAUCUCAUUCUGGGCAAUUUUGUCGCAUUCGGGAUGCAAUCACCAGCAGUAUGGGUUUGGCUGCGAUACCUAUCAUAAAAUAUUCGCUAUCGUUGUUACCAUGACAACCUUGAUGGUGCUUUUGACCAUAACAAGUUUUACAGGUUGCAUCAUCGGCUGUGCAGGAACGUGUUGUGCACCACCGCAACCAGUUAUUAUCGCGACUGUUCCAACUCCACAAUCAACGGUGAUCAUUAAUUCCCAGUCUUCCAGCCAAUCGCAGAUGAACUACCACCCAAUGAUACCACAGAAUACAGCUGGCUCGAUGUUGCAGGCGUACACAGGUGUGCCAGUCCAAACGUUCGGGUUUCAAAAAACAUCGUCUCCGUCCGUCCCGACAACAGACGAUCAACCUCUUGUUGACAAUAUUGUCCUUUAAAAAUGUCUGGACUAGCCUGCGGAAUAGAAAACCUGCCCGCAGAAUAACACUCAAUAGGAAGGCGUAGCGACAGUCUUAGGGUGUAUGACCUAAAUGCAUGACCCACCGUGAAGCAGGCUGGUACUUAAUAACGAAACUUUCCCGCGUUUAUUUCGCUUUUAAAUUCCCCAAUCAGUUCGUAAAAAGGUGUAUAAAAUAAAUUAGAAAGCACAUUGUAUAGUUUAUUAAGUAAUUCUAAAUCAACCGAAAGAGAAUGGUGUCUUCAUUUAAACAGGCGUUUUUGUCUUUCGCGCGCGUACCCCACGCUGCUAUGAAAAUUUGAGGCUGUGUCGCAAGUAAGAGAAAACCAUUAACAUUUUGACCGCAUCCGAGCGCAGGGCCCACAAUUGAAAUAUAGGCCCCGGUAAGAGAGGAGAGAUUUG